GUACGGCGAUUCGCGAUUCACAUUCGUGCUGUUCCGAUGUUCAUUAAUUAAUCGUUCUCGCGAUGUUGCGAUACUUUCAGUUGAUUUUGCAAGUCGUCUUAGUGCUUUUGGUAAAUGAUGCCACUCAGGAGAAGAUGUUUUCCGAAGUGCCGAUCUGUUUCGAUAUAAUCAAUUGCAACGUCUGUCAUCACAAUGGCAUGCUUCUGAAUGUUACUGAGUCUUACUCGAUCUUCCUUUCGCAUUUGGAUAUUCAGAACUUGAGUCUCGUGGGAAUUUGGGAGAACGCUUUUAAGAACCUGACGACAACAGGUUUGUCCUUCGCAGAAGGUAAUCAGAUAUCUGUCGUGAAGAAGGAAUGCUUCCGCGGUUUGCCGGAAUUGUCUUUACUUUCCUUGGACAACAACUUGGUGCCGUUGUCAAGACAUUUGUUCGCGGAAUUGGGAGGCCUGACUUGGCUGUCUCUGAAAAACAACAGCAUCGACAGUAUACCGGAAGACACGUUCGCAGGCCUGUCGAACUUGAGGAAGCUUUCCCUGGGUUUCAACCGUAUCACCGCCAUCCGCUCGAAUUUCUUCUUGAUUCCCAGUCUGUAUAAACUGGAUCUCAACAAUAACGAAAUAAUCGAAGUGCCGCCGUACGCUUUCAGUGCUUUAACGCAAUUGGCUUUCCUCAACCUGGAACACAAUAAACUACAAAAGAACUUUACAACCGACAGUUUCCGUGGGCUUAACCAACUGAUAUCUCUUAGCCUAAAUAACAAUAAUAUUACAAGUGUCUCCGGUGGAAUUUUCCGACAUCUAGUAAAACUAUUUAUUCUUCUACUGGGUCAUAAUCAAAUCGGUAUUCUCGAACCCGGAACAUUCAAGAAUCUGUCUCAUUUGCGUUCAUUAUUUCUACAACAUAAUAAAUUGACUCACCUUACAGUCGGUAUCUUCGACGGUUUAACCGAACUACGAAACAUCUACAUAUAUAACAACUACCUUCAGAAUAUAACGGCCGACGUUUUUCGAGGACUGAACAAUUUACAGUCUCUCUCACUUAAUGAAAAUCGGAUAACGAGCGUCACUGGGUCGCCUUUCCGUGACCUAGUCAAAUUGGAAGAACUCCUUCUUCAGCAAAAUGAAAUCAGCACUCUUGAGCCUGGCACGUUUCAAGGACUAUCUCGCUUGACUUACUUGAAUUUGAGCAACAACAAAUUAUCUUACAUUGUAGUCGGCCUAUUUGCAGGAAUGUUUGAGAUGCAGUCACUCGAUCUAUCUUACAAUAACAUUUACACGAUUGAUCCUGGCGCUGUCGCGAACCUCAUUAAUCUGCAUAAUAUCAUACUGGUAGGCAAUAAUGUUACCGAAAUUGCCAUGAAGUGCCCCGUCUUGUUGAAGUCAGCGAUGCAAUCAGCCUCUUGAAGAUCUUCCGCAAAGUCGUUUUAAGAAUGUGCAUCAUUGUGUCCAGCAUUACUUCGAAUUACCAAUUAUUGCGAUGUAUACAAAAUAUAAACGUACUUUUCGGAAACAUGUUAAAGGAAGCAUGAGAAAAACGAUAUAGGCGAUAAGAUAUUGUAUAUUAUGUUCUGGGAGAUUAACAUUUAAUAGAACGUUAUAUAUCGCAAUAGACAUGUUAUUUCUGUAACGUGAUAAUGAAUAACUUGCUUUGUAAAAUUUGUUACAUUUGUGAUCCUCUUUACGCUAAAAUGGAUUUGUCUAAGGAUGUUGAAUAACCAUUUAAUAACAAUAAUAAUAUCUGAAUUGAAAGAUAUCAAAAUUCAAUGUGCCGACUGCCACUGUUUAAAUAUAAGACAUCCACAUUUGUUUUUCCGCUCAUUGAAUUUCCUCAGCCGUCGAAUAUUAUUCGGAAAUUUUAUUAUUCCCUGCUUUUAACUCGAGCAUUUUGCGUUAAAGCUCAACGAUUUUUUCCUUGAAAAUAUAUACACAAUAAUUUAAUAAUAA